AUGCCUCGGCCAAGCCAACAGCUCUCUGCCGAAGAACACCGCAAGCUCGAGAGACAACGCUCUCAAAAGCGCCGUAAAACAUUAUUACAAAAGCAACGAGUGGCUACUAUAGAAGAAGCUACCCAUACGCCUUAUGUUCGAGUCAUAGAACGAAUAACACAAACGCAGCCUCUUGAUGAUCCUGCUAUCAUUAAUUCCCCUUCACCGCUAGUUCCCAACCAAAGAGAGAAAGCUAGAGCUGUACGCCCUAUUGCCCCAGCUAUAGCGAGGUCUUUGCCAACUCUAUCCCAUAAAGGCAACGAAGAUGAUGAGCUUGAUCGGGAACGAGCACUGGGUGCUGCUCGGUCUCGGCGAUACUACGAACGGCAGCGACAGAUUCGGCAGCAGCAGCGGCAGAAGCAGCCAGAAGAGCAGCAGCCAGAUGAACAGUUACCAGAUGAGCUGCAGCCAGAUGAGCAGUCGAGCUACGAUAUCCUGACGACAGCACCCUUAGAUUCUAGCAAUAUUAGUGAUGCUCUAGAUGAACCUUUCAUACCAGCAAGCCUCAGAGGUAGCGAAAACAUUUUCGCCAGCCAUUCGCCCCGGCCUUCCCUCACGCCUCUAACUUCAGCCAUACAACAACCGCCAAUACCACAAACAGCCGCCCAACGUACUAGUAACGCCCUCCAAUUACAAAAGACACCCGCCGGCCCUAGUUUUAUCAACCAACAAGCCAGAGUUUACCAACAAGUCUUCAAGGAUUGCUUUCACACCCAAUGCAGCUGCCAGCCAAGCUCUACAGCCAGCCAUCAGAGUGACAAUAGUGAUGGCGCCAAUAGCAGUGGUGAAAACUCUACAGCCUCCCUCCGCGAGCUAGCUGCUCAAUUUAAGACUGAACUUCCCGAUCUGUAUACUAUACUCCAACCACAUGUCUUCAGUAACACUGACAACACUACCGCCAACACUACUUACCCGCAGUCUUACUUUUCCCGAUGCAAGAAGCUCCUCACACCGCCGUCGCGCCCGCAACGACUCUCAAUAUACAAAGACGAACAAACCAUCUUACAGCACGCCCACGAUUCUGUUAAGAUCAGCCGCUUAUGGGAUGUUGAUAGCGUUUGGUUAGGCGCGACAGCUCUCGAAGCCAUUCGCCCAACCUACAAAUUUACAAUCUCAUUCUUACCACCUUUCAGUCGAUCUAUAACAGGGAAUCAAGCCAUCCAACCGCACGGAGUCAAUCUGGGUAGUACAAGAAAUAUAUUUCUCGGUUCAGCCACUGGCGUAGACUUCAGCCUCUCUGUCUUUGUCUUCUUCCCCGAAACCAACUCACCAUCCGCUCCCAUGUUUAAACAUGGCCAAACGCGCAAGGCCAUUACCGCCCUGUCGCUUGAUCGACAGCGAGACUUGCGCCAGGAGCUCCCUCAGUCCUUCGAUAUAGCCAACGCCAAGUCAAAAUCAUAUCAAGAAAAACCGGCAUCACAACGCUGGAGGGGAGAAGACGAGUCUCGCGCACUACACCUCCGAUAUACGCUUCCCGGCUCCUGUCUAGCGGCGUUCUGGCGAGAGUUUACAAGCCGCUGCAACGAGAUCCGUAUACCACGCCACGGCCAGGCCGGAAACAAUAGUACUCCCGCUACAUUCGCCUAUUUUCGCAACCCUCAGCUUCUCUUCCAGGCACAUGACCUUAAAAACCAGUUUGCGCACCCUAUGGCCCAAGGCGCCAUUCAAUCCUUUAUAGAAACUAUUUUUACAUUGGUCAACCCUGAGUUUCUUGAUCUUCGCUCUUGCUGGCUGGAUAUCGGCUUCCGAGACAUGCCAGCCGGCCGCAACGCUGAUAGGACGGAGAUCCCGCUUACCCUCCUUUGGAAACAGCAGUACAAUAAGCAGUACCACUCCCAUAUUACGGCUGUUUCUCCCAGUAUCUCUUUAAAGCCCAUAUAUUACCGGCUCCAUCACAUCCGUGAUGCGGAAGGCUACUCAGCUGAGGCCCAGCCGCCACAGAAAGGCCAGCGGGCCUCUUCCCGGUAUCCGGGGCAUCCUGGUUCCCACACCCUUGGGAUUGUCCACGGCAAAUCAUAUAGCUGCAGCAAGGAGCUGUUCUCAACCAUGUACAGCGGCUACCGGACGUUCAGUACAUCGAGCAUUGCUUCCCUUGCCCUAACCGAAACCAUGGCCAACACCCUGUAUGCGGAUGCACAGCAGAAAUCUCGAGCCCCAAACCACUCUGCUCCCUCCUCCAAGAACUUAGAAGCUGCCUGGGACGCCAACAAGAGGCAUCUUCUUGCCGUGGCUAGCCACCAGCAUCCCACGAGUUACGCCGCGCGAAAGGAGAUUACUUUCCGAUUUAAUGUUAUUCUUACAAUGUUCUCUCGGGGAAGCUUCGAUCCUGUGGCCUAUCCGUAUAUGGGUGCCGUGGAGAGCGCUCACUACCCAUUCUGGAUUAUCCCCACGGUUGAUCUCAUCAGCUUCAUAACCAUGCAAGCAUGCCGCUUUAUCCUGCCCGUCGACCAGCUUUUCUACCAGGCGCGCCUCCUCAACCAAAGUAAGGCGGCAGGUGAUUCCACCUUACGCGCAGCCACCUACGCUCAAGUUAUGGCAGGUUUCUACACCGCACAGCUCAUGCUAAGGCUGCUUGCGCUCUCUCUCCACGACAGCGCCCACGAGGGCUUGAGUUACGAUAAGUGGAUUUGGCUAUCCAGCUGGAAAACACAGAAGAUUGAGAACGGCCAGCGGGUUGUAUAUACGCGGAAGGGCUUGGGCUUAAGUCAAGCCAUUGAGCGAAUGGGGACGCUCUGGUUUGAGGCUCGGCACUUCUACUGGCCCGGUGGCCACAUUGCUAUAGCGGAGCUUAUGCGACUUUACAUCCCUCGAAGCCCACUACAGGCUCGCUGGUCACAUCAGGCCAGCAUCCAAGCUGGCUCAGCCAGAUCAAUCUCUCCCGCUUACUUUAUUACGCUCUGGAUGGACGAGGCUAAAGAGGCCAGUCUCGCUGGCGACGUAUCUCUUGUCACUAGGCUGUAUGAGCGUGCGAUCACUCUUACAGCGGAGGAAGUUGGCCGUUCAUACAGCCAGCACCUCCUUGCCAAACUGCAGUUCUUCUGGACCCGUCUUAGGCGAGCCGUGGAAGAUCUUCCUCUUAAGCUUCCCCGGCUAGAAAAGAUUAGCAGGGACGUCAUGCAGCCCAGGGGCAAGAUACUUACGGCCGAGGUUCUCCUCGAGGUUUACCAAGAGGCAUGGAACUAUUACUACCCAGCCUCCAGUACGACUAGCUUGGCAGAGAGUUCUCCAAGCCUGCAACCUCUACCGGAAGCGAUACCUUGCUGGAUUGGGACUAAGGAUGUUAACCCACAGAAGUGGUCUGACUUCGUCUUCGCCAAGCUCUUCGUUACAGGGUCUAAAUCAACAUGGCAUAAUGCUCCGUUCUUAGCCCUCUAUAGAGAGCUCAGGCAGGUAUUUCUCGCUAGCUACUCCAGUGAAGGCGCGCAGGAGAGAUGGGACAAUAGCUUUCAGUUCCGAAUUGGGCGGUAUAUCAUGGUCAUGUUCAACGGUGAUAAGAGUAAAGAGGCAAACACGUCCAAUCGGAUGAGAGCAUACCCAACGCUCUUCUCCCUUCAAUACUGGGCGCCUUACAUGUUUUCCUCACAGCGGAGAUUUACUAAACCCCUCCACCAAUGCGAGCUAUAUCUCGGAGAAAGCGCAUAUAAAGAUACCCCUAUCUAUGCUGGACCCCGCCAACUAUCCCAGAUAGACCGCUUCCUUCAAGCCUUAUGGAUAACAAAUGUUAUUGGGAACUCGCUCCAAAGCCGAUAUGUCUUCAAAUAUGAUGACAGCAAUAAGGCUAUCUGCUAUAGAGCUAUCCAAAAGCUUUAUUUCCUAAUUGGGAAAGUUUGGGAGGUGGAAAGUGCUGUAGUGGUUGAUGACAACGCACUGCUCUAUAACAAGCGUUUUAUUAACCCUUUCGACUUUACCUAUGACCAUCAGGCCAAUAGCAGGGCUACUACAAACUUCAGCUACUACUAUAUAUUUAACACCUCAAACUAG